AUGUGCUCCUCUCCGUCUCCUCUUGAUCGUUAUGGUCUUGACGUUGCUGGAUUCGCAACAGCUUCAGCGUUUGAGCGAACGAAAGGUACGCAGAGUUUUGGCAUGCGCCACAACAAGACCCACACCAUUUGCAGACGGUGUGGGCGAAGCUCUUACCACAUUCAGAAGAGCACGUGCUCUUCGUGUGGUUACCCUGCUGCCAAGAUGCGCAAGUACAACUGGAGCCAAAAGGCUCUGCGUCGUCGUACGACGGGAUCUGGCCGUAUGCGCCACCUGAAGAACGUCCAGCGCAAGUUCAAGAAUGGCUUCCGUGAAGGCUCGUCCGCUGUGUCUAAGAAGGCCGCCACCAACUAA